AUGUACUGGCCCAAUGGAGUCCCCCGGGUCUAUGCCAUCAAUGGCCCGGCCAUCGCUUCUGUCUCGUCUGAUGGAGCACCGCAACCUCGCCACAACCCUCCCUCGGAACCGCGGAGCUCCCUAGACAACACUGAUUCCAAUGGAGAUCGCGGAGCCCUCAUCAGCGACGAUCAUAAACCCCAGCCCGAACCCCAGCCCGAACCUGUAAGCUCGUCUGCGACGGAUGGCCCCAAGUGGGAAGAUGAGGCUAUCAAAGGCCUCUGCGUUUCGCGCUCGGGGCAUAUGUUCGCCACCAUGACGGAAACAUCCAUUGCUGUAUGGCAAACAAGGCCCACCGCCGUUGCGGCGGCGAUAGCUCGGUCUUCGUUCUCACUAAAGACAUACGGCUCCAACGUGGCACUCCUCAUGCACCCGGAUUCAACGAUCCUUGUCAUCCAAACCGUUGAAGGAUACCUCCUGACCUACUCAGUGGCAUCGGACCCCUCAACGCGAGUCUAUCAGCAGAACUUUGACCAAAACACGCAGCCCCGGCGCCAACAACUAUCACGGUUCUCAGCCGUCGAAGAAGCCAAUAUCGUCGGGGAUAUUAGCAUUCGGUUCCGCAUGGCAAUCAAAAUCGAGUCUGGGAUCGUCAAGGCGCUCGCGCUGGACCAGGAACUCGUGGUCGCUACCGUGAAGCCGUCGGCUAUUCAAUGCAUCCGGUGGACUCCCGAGGCGGGUGGAACACAGACGACCUCGGAGCUGCUGAGUCGCAUCCUCAAUGUUCCCAAGAAGGUUUCCAUUGUCGACAUGGUUUAUGACCGUGCGAUGAAUCUUCUGAUAUGGAUCACGAAUACCGGCCAGGCGUAUGCCGUGCAGCGAGCCUCCGGGGCGCAGCCUGACUCUGAGGCGCCCAACAAACUGUUCCAUGGCCACUGUUUCCAUGACCCAAAGGAAGCUGGUGAGGAGGCUGUUAAAGUGGCGGUGAAUGCGCGCUUUUCGCUGUUGACAGUGAAUUGCAUGAAUGGUGAGAUUUUGGUUUACACUGCCAAAGAUUACAUGGGCAAUGUUCCACUCUCUCACAAGCUACACCUGCCAGCGACGCCAAAUACUACUGGCGCCUUGACAUUCAUGAAUUAUUCGCCCGAUGGAUACUGUCUAUUUGCAGGCUACGAGCGCGGCUGGACGACGUGGAGUGUGUUUGGCAAGCCCGGAGGGAACAGCUUCUCUGUUGAUUUGUCUUUGGCCAAAGCAAAUUCAGAGGACUGGCUCACGGGCGUUUCAAACGGUUGCUGGAUUGGUGGAGGCUCCGAUAUCAUUCUGUCUGGACAGAAUGACCGGCGUCUUUGGAUCCUGGAGACAGCUCGCAGUGCAUUGACUGGCUGCUUCUCGUCCGCCAAUCUUGCACGUGGAUUGCUGCAAACGGGCACUGAAUUUAUUCUUUACCGCGGACACGACCUUCCCGACCUGAUGACCAUCUCUGGCAAGGAUUCGCUGUGGCAUCAUGCUCAAUAUCCGCCGGCUUAUCUUCACUCACAGUGGCCUAUUCGGUCCUGUGUUGUGUCUCAGGAUGGACGGUAUGUGGCAAUAGCUGGUCGAAGAGGGCUUGCACAUUACAGCGUGAACAGUGGCCGGUGGAAGGUUUUUGAGGACGCCAAAGCGGAGAAUUCGUUCGCGGUUCGUGGUGGGAUGUGCUGGUACGGGCAUAUCUUGAUCGCUGCCGUUGAGAGCGACGGAUCAUAUGAGAUACGCCUUUAUUCACGGGAAGCUUCCCUCAGCAACAACUCGGUCAUGCAUAUUGAGUACCUUCCGUCGCCGGUGGUGUUCAUUGGGCCCUCGGGGGAAGAUUCCCUCCUUGUCUAUACCUACGAUAACAUUCUAUACCACUAUGUCAUCAACUCGAUGCAGCCGCAGAUCACUCUUGUUCCUGUUGGACAAAUUGCCUUCAAUGGAAUUGUGCGAGCACCAACGCGGGUUCGGGCUAUCAGUUGGGUCUUGCCCGAAGAACAAAUGCGUAAUGGCGAUCCAUCUCAAGAUGUAAAGGUCGCAUCUGUCCUUCUCCUCGUCGAUGGGAAUCUGGUUCUGUUGCAGCCGACAGUGUCAGAAAAAGGCGAGCUGAAGUACGACAUGCGCAUCGUCUCACAUGAUGUGGAGUAUUAUAUUCUCAUGCGCGACCAGCUUUCGUUCAACUUUUCACCCACAGUGGACGAAUCACUACCGGGUAGUCCCUCAGCGGAGAUGGCGCUGGAACAAUCACAUGGUAGUCUAUCUCUUCGAGAUUCUCUCUGGAUGUUCCGCGGCAAGGACCUCUUGACAUGGAAUGAUGUCCAGGAUGUCCUGACAGAAGAGACGGUGCCGGCGCCUCUCAAUAUUCCUCUGGACUUUUACCCUCUGUCCGUACUGCUAAGCAAAGGCAUUGUUCUGGGCAUCGAGUCCGAAAUGAUGCAGAGACGGGAUAUGUCCUUCACCGUUCUGAAAUUUGCCAUCCGAACAAGUCUUUUCCUCCCAUACUUCCUCCAGUACGGUUUGAUGAACCUCGGCACACCUGCGGCGCUGUCCCUCUGCCGCCACUUCUCACACCUGUCAUAUUUCGCCCACGGCUUGGAGAUCUUGCUACACCAUGUUCUCGACGACGAAGUUGACAACGAGAACCAAGCAAACAAGACCGGCGAAUCUGUCGUAAGAGAAGGACCAUUACUUCCCACCGUCAUCGGAUUCCUGCAAGCAUCUCUCCCGCCAAAGGACUACCUCGACAUCGUUGUCCAAUGCACCCGGAAAACAGAACUCCGGUCCUGGCGCACGCUAUUCAGCUACCUCCCCCCACCGAAGGACCUCUUCGAACAAGCCCUUCGCCUCGACUCGCUCAAGACGGCCGUCGGAUACUUGCUAGUUCUACAAGCCUUCGAAGACGAAGAAGAACACGCCCACGACAGCCGAAUUGAAGAAUACGUCGUCCGCCUGAUCGGGCUCGCCUCGCAAAAGAACGACUGGGAGCUCUGCGCCGAGCUGGCUCGGUUCUUAAUUGCUCUUGAUUCCUCAGGUGAAAUGCUCCAGCGUGCUAUCUCCCGCGUCGGCUUGCGCUCGACUGCCUCCCGCCCUACUUUGAAUGGAUCCCGCACUGGCUCCGCGGCUAGUGUCAAGGGUUUGGGACUGAGUCUUCCAGUUAGGACGCCCUCGUGGUCGUCUUCCCUCUCGCCGGCCUCGUCGGCCUCGGGACUGCCUAGUGGGCAGGACGGCGACGUGGGGGAUGAAUACCCAUAUCCCGCCGCUCAUCGAGUCGGAUGA